AUGGAAGGCAUCAAGACGCUCGUAUCGAGAGCGACUCUAGUCCAGUUGGGAGCAGCAGCGGCGGCAGUCGUCUCGGCCGAACCUAUCCGCCAGGUCCUCCGCGACUACCGUUGCUGGGGAACGCGCACAACUUUCCGAUGGAGGAUUGGGCUGUCGUCUUCAAUGAAUGGGGAAAACUCUAUGGCAAGUGACAUAGUAUAUGUGCAACUCCCAGGAAUGUCCUUCUAUAUCAUCAAUAGUCUGGAUGUUGCCCAAGAACUCCUCAACAAGCGCGCAAAAUUCAAUUCGGACAGAAGAAUAGGUUACAUGAUUAUGCAACUUAUGGGCUGGAAUUGGUCGCCCGCGUUCAUCAAUGCCGACAUAGUCCAUGGUACAGAGCGAACAAUGUUCAGACGUGGUAUCGGGCCUACAAAGAUGCCACUCAAAGAUCCUCUUAUCGAAAGGAAUGCACAGCAGUUUGUCCUCGACUUGCAACAACUCAAAGGGAAUCCAAAGGAGACGGUUACAAACAUUAUGGGCAUGACUAUCAUCGAACUCGCUUAUGGGCAUGGUAUCGUGAAGGAUCACGGCGCAGAGAUGAUUGCACUCAAUUUAGAAGCAAUCAAACUUUUGGAUGAAGCACUCCUGACUGUAUGGGCUGUGGACUUGAUCCCGCUGCGUGAGUCCAAAUUAUUCAUGGUUCUCCUCAUUGAGCCGCCAUCUAAAGUUCGUUUUUGGCCAAGUUGGAUGCCGGGAGGACAAUUCAAGCGGCAUGGUGCAUACAGCAAGCGGCUCGUCGACUGCAUUCGUGAAUGGCCUUUUCAGAUGGCUGUCGAGCGUCAUAAAGCCGGAACUCUCGACCACUGUCUGGCUGACGACCUCAUCAAUGAAUUUGGUACUCCAUUUGAAGUUCAGGAUACGUUAGCCAAUCUCUACUUCGCUGGUGUUGAUACUACAUCUACCGUGAUAAUCCGGUUUCUACAUGCCAUGUUUCUAUUUCCGGAGAUUGCAAAAAAGAUACAAGCUGAGAUCGACUCCGUUAUUGGCCGCGAUCGACUACCGAGGGUGACAGAUCGUGCUGACCUCCCUUACACCAACGCCGUCUGGAAAGAAUCACUUCGGUUCAAUUCCGCCGUGCCUCUGGCUAUUCCUCAUUCGAACAGGCACGACGAAACGAUCAACGGCUACUUUAUACCAAAGGGCUCCUUGAUAAACCCAAAUUUCGGUUUUAUGCUCAGCGAUCCGAGGAUAUGGGGGGACCCAGAAAUCUUUAGACCGGAGCGUUUCUUAUCAUCCGAGGCCAGCAAGCUGCCGGACCCUACCGUCACCAUCUUUGGAUUCGGACCAAGAAUCUGCCCGGGAAUGUACUUUGCUGACCGUGCCGGGUUUCACAUGACGGCUACUACUAUAGCAUUAUUCAAUAUCGACCCUUUACCAGGAGAGUCGGUUCCCUUAUACACAGAGGUUCAGUACACGAAAAAUGUUCUCCGGCUUCCAGUCAAAUUCGAUUGCAUGUUUACCCCGAGGGAUGGCCAAGCCGUUCAUCUGUUAUCAUCAAUCGCAUUGAAUCAAUGA